UAUUGUUAAUGAAAAUGCAUCACUGUUACCAGAAAUGCAGUAACAAACCAGUGUGAUUUUACUCCCAACUGAAGAGGUGGGAGUUAAAUCUGUUUGUUUUAGUUCAUGUUGUCUAGACCUGAUGCUCACAAGCUGUUUAAACAGGAUCUUAGCCGUAUGCACUGAAAAGACAGCUGUGCAAUUCUUCUAUGCCUCUUGGAGCAAGAACAUUAACCCAUGGAAUAACGCUUGGCUCCACUAGGUCAGGUCUGCCUGCCCACCAACAGCCAUGCCCUACCUCACCGUAUGCAACUGGCAGCUUAGCUGGACUCUGACACUGGUGUUCGGGUAUCUCUUUUAUCUCCUCCUGGGAGCUACGGUGUUCCAGCUUCUAGAGAAGCAGGCAGAAGCCCAGAGUCGAGACCAGUUCCAAAUGAAGAAGCUUAUGUUCCUGCAAAACUAUACAUGCCUGGAUCGGCAAGCUCUGGAGCAGUUUGUGCAGGUCAUUAUGGAAGCUUGGGAAAAAGGAGUCAACCCUGAAGGAAAUUCAAACAAUCCUAGUAACUGGGACUUCAGCAAUAGUUUCUUCUUUGCUGGGACUGUGGUCACUACUAUAGGUUAUGGGAACUUGGCCCCCAGUACAGUAGCUGGACAGGUCUUCUGUGUAUUUUAUGCUUUGUUUGGGGUCCCUCUUAAUUUGGCAUUUCUCAAUCGGUUGGGAAAAGGACUCAGCACAUACCUGAUUGACCUGGACAGAUGGGUCCACAAGUCAGGGCGAGCUCAGGUGGUGCAGACAUUAACCAUGGUAUUAUUUCUGAUGGCUGGGACUUUACUCUUCCUGGUUUUUCCACCAAUGAUCUUCAGUUAUGUUGAAGGCUGGAGUUACGGAGAAGGCUUCUACUUCACCUUUAUCACCCUCAGCACCAUUGGAUUUGGAGAUUAUGUAGUAGGCACUGAUCCUAGCAAGCACUAUAUUUCAGUGUACCGAAGCUUGGCAGCAAUUUGGAUUGUCUUUGGUUUAGUCUGGCUUGCUCUGAUAUUCAAUUUGGGAGCAGAUGUAAUGGAGAAAUUCCUACAAUUUAAUAAACAAAAGCCAGAUCCAGGGACAACAGAAGUGACUGUUUCCAAAAGAGAAGAUAAUCCUGAUCCACCCAGGAUCCAUAUUCCCAGCUGAGGGUCUCUCAUGGAUAGGCAGCUUAGAAGAACUUAUAUGUGCAUUCAAAGCCUGUGGAUAUGAUAUACUGCUUUCCACCCAUAAUGUGACUGACCAAUUUCAUAAAAGACAGAGGGAUUUUUUUCCCAAGCAGUAGUAAAAACUUUGUGUGCAAAAAGCAGUUGAAUGAAAAGGAAGGGAAAAUUCACUGAGAUUAUAAUUACUACACUUUCCAUUCAGCCAAUUAUCUCCCAUUGAACUAAUUAUUAGAACAGGCCUAUCAAAUGGCUUGUGGGCACUGGGUUCCAAAAUAACUUUUUAAAAUUUUACUGGAAGUGGUCAAGGGUUUUUUUCUUCCAAGAGAACCCCGUCAUUUAUCUCCACUUCCUGAUUUCCCUUAAGCAAGUAGUGAAAUCUGUUAAACAGAAAAAAUGCACAUAUUUUACUAGUUGCAUCUGUGAAGGAAAUUUCAAACAAGGCAUAGUUGCAAACUAAUGGAUCUCAGUGACAGGAGCUUUUCUUCUCCUGUCCUUCUUCUAUUAUUAGACCAUAAAAAGCCAAAGGAAAAACAAACCCUGAACUUAUUUUCCUCAGUACCUUGGCUCUACAGUUAGCAGACUCUGGUUAGUCCUUUUUCCAAGGAACUUUGAAUAUUCUCAGUAUUUUCUCCUUGAAGAUGUCCCAAGGCAGAUAUUAAAAUUCUCAAAGUUCAGAAUACCAAUUUCAAAAAAGAAUUGGUGCUUAUUCUGGAGAAGAGGGAAUGCAUAUAACUGGAAAUUUUCAAUUUAAAUGUUCAAAUUGUUAUACUAGUACCUGAAAUAAUUGGAGGAAAACUAGAACUACUAUUUAUACUUCAUCCAGGUCUGGGGCCCAGGCAUUUUGCUGCUUAAAACAAGUAGGUGCCCCUCUCUGUUCCAUGUACUGAUGCUAUCUGUACUAGCAACUGAAGGUAGAAAAAUAUUCUCUACCAUAUCAAAAGGAACUUUCUAGUUUAGGCAGUCCAGAACAGGUUGUGUGACAGCGCUCCAUCCAGUAUCACCGACCAGAAACAGAGAUUAAUAGUAGAGUUCCCUCUCAUGUAAAAAGAGAGAAGAACCAUCCUGAUACUUUGCAAAGUAGUACUUGCAUUUUUGAACUGCAUCAUUAAGCUUCAUAGGAUGAUGCCAUGGCUGCAAGUGUACAUUGCUGAGUAGGAAAGAAAGAAAAAAGCCUGAAGAAUGAGACCGCCUUGAUAGAUUUCCUAGAUGGAUUGAGUCAAAUUGACAGAAUUUCUGCAAGUACAAUCCACUGAGUCUUUCAUGAAGAACAAAAACAAAUAUGCCAAGAAAUAUGGGAGAGAGAUAUGGUAAGGUAGAACUUUUUUUCAUCUCUUUCCAAGCAAGGAGCUUCAACAAGUGCUGACAAGCAGGAUCCAAGAAAUUACAGAAUACUCCUUGGAAGACCUACU